ACAUGUUUUCAUAGUUUGUGUUCAAACAAAAUUUGUUUGAAUGAAAUACAAUAGUUACAUUUAACCAAUUUCAAAAACUUUUGUUCAUAUUAAUUAGUAAGCAUGUCUGUUACGUUGCAUACAGAUGUCGGUGAUAUAAAAAUCGAAUUAUUCUGCGAGCAGUGUCCAAGAACAUGUGAAAAUUUUCUGGCCCUUUGUGCAAGCGGUUAUUACAACGGUUGUUUAUUUCAUCGAAAUAUAAAGGGAUUUAUAGUUCAAACCGGUGAUCCUUCAGGAACAGGCAAAGGAGGGACCUCUAUCUGGAGUAAAAAAUUUGAAGAUGAAUUCAGAGAAGAUUUAAAGCACAAUGCAAGAGGGAUGGUGAGCAUGGCAAACAAUGGUCCAAAUACCAAUGGCAGUCAGUUUUUCAUUACUUAUGGGGAACAACCACAUUUGGACUUGAAAUACACAUUGUUUGGAAGGGUCUUAGACGGAUUUGAAGCUCUUGAUGACUUAGAGAAGAUGGCAGUAAACCCGAAAACAUACAAACCACUUAACGAUGCCAAAAUCACAUCAGUUACAAUACACGCAAAUCCGUUGGCUGGUUAAACGAUAUGAUGGACAUGUAUUUUUAUUUAUUUUUACAUUAAAAUUAAUGUAAUUUAAGUAUGUAGUUUAAUUUAUUCAAAUAAAUGUAUUCAAUCGUUAAAAAUAUAGGUAAGUAUAUUUAUAUAUGAUCUCCAUCACUUUUGGAUGUAAAAUACAGACCGGAAGCCGCAACAUCCUAUAGUACACCAUUGUGAUGACACACCAUGUGACUGGACAGUAUUCUAUCGACAAGUGGUUUCGUUGUGUUCGGUAGACUCUACUGAGUACGAAAUAAGAACUUGUCACUUUCUAAGUGUGUGGGGCGAUAACUGUGACGUCACAAAAUCGGCAGUACAAAGUUUGUAACUUUUUUUUUUAAAGCCACGUGCUUGGUGCUUCUUUCUCGCUCUAGUGCCGAAAAGAGCACUUUUCCGCACUAGUGCUUUUUGUUUUCAAUUUUUUAAUAAUUAAACUUAUUUGCCAUGA